AUGGCUCAAGGGGAUGCUGCUUGGUAUGCUUUGAAACUGACGCAGUUUCGCGGACUGAAUCAAGCAGUGGACAUCCUGCUAAAGACCAACAGUCCUCACGUGUUUCGCGAUGACGGAAAACAGUACGGUAUGCUGAACGUUGAGAGUGGUAUGCUGACGGCGUUGAAUAUCGUGCUUGAUUUUAUAGUUUCGAGAAAUCCGAGUCUGGAAAACGGUGAUAGCAGCAGUAGUAGAUCUGAAAGUCCCAUGCCCCCAGUGACUCGCAUAUCAACUCCUUUGACAAAAAAUGCAUCGGGCGCAUCUUCGCUACCUCAACAACCCGUGAACAGCAGCGGUGCCGUAAGCACUCCCAUGGCGAAGUCUUCUAUGGGAAUGAACAUCGUAUCGCUUGCUCCUGCGCAUUACAACGGUCAGCAGGUUUCUCCCCCAGACAGCCAGGUUCUGGGUGCCAGUCAGAACGUUUCCGUAGUGCAAGCAAGGGGCUCGUCGUCCGCUAACUUUGUUGAGCCGUCCAGGAUCACGAUCAGCCAAGGCGAAAGUUAUAUUCCCAUCUCUAGCAGCUCUCAGUUCACUCAUGUAGACCCCUCUAGCUCUUUCUUCGUGAAGGAGAACGCACCAUUCGUCAUUCAGGCGGUUCGGAGUCGAAAAGUAGAGAAGCCAACUCCGCAGAAUGCCAUAGCUGCCGCGUUUACGGAAUAUUCAGCGGCCGAUAUCCCAGCCAUGCCGAGUUCUGGACUGAAAAUGCCGCAGUCACAAGCAGCGGCUCGUGUGACCGACUGGAGGCCGACUUCGAACUGGGCGUUGAACGUGGGACAGUCGAACUUUCCGAAUGUCAGGAUAAACUUACAGCCGUCGUACGAGAUGCCGAUCGCAGCAGCGACAUCUAAUUACUUUUAUGAAUCUCCGGACAUUGCUUGUGUGCUGCCAGUUCAAAAUCACGGCGACUGUUACGGAGGGGUACAGAAACUGACCCUGGACGAUUGUUCGGCUCCUGGCGAUUUUCGUUUACGGCAAGGCGGCUUCCAGCCGUCGUCCAAGCCACCGGUCGACGCGUACGGCUCGACUGCUUCGAUGCUCGCCGGCCCAGAGCAGAAGCUGCUGUCGUUCGCCGCCGACCCUCGUGGCCUCUCCGUGCAGGCUGACCCCAGCUACAUCGAGAACCUCUGUCAACGCGUCAACAAUCUGCUGUCCGCAGCGCGUUACCCGCCGCCCAGCUGUUCGUCGUCGUCCGUUACGUCGGCGGCGACAGGCCACCUGCUGUUGACCAAGCACGAGUCUGCCGGAAGUUCGUCCAGCGACACCGGCCAGACCGAAUGUGCCGCCGCCGCAUCGGGGGCCAUCGGAGGAGGAGGCGACGGCGUAAAGUUUGCCGUUGCCGGUUCCGUACCGUACACCGUCAAGAAUUUCGACGCGGUCGUCAGCUCGAUUUUUCGUGAACGCGCGUCCCCGACGUCAAGCCUGUCGACGGAGAGCUCUGAGGGUGGCUGCCGGGACUGUAGCAGUGUCAACUGUUGUAUGCGCAGUGAAUCUCCCUUACCCGACGUCAUACGCAAGCAGCUAGACUUGAAUACGUACGAAGUCGGCAACGGAGUGAAGCCGUGCACCCCGCAGGCGUUUAAGUUUUUCAUGGAGCAACACGUCGAAAAUGUGAUAAAACUGUACAAAGAUCGCGUGAACCGCCGCCUGCAGGUUUGCUUUUAG